UCUCGGAAAGCCCCGCGUCAUGGCGGGGUUCGGUAGUCUCCAAUUUAUUUUUUUCCUGCAGUCGAUUUGGAGGGGCACCAAAAAGACGGCGAUAACUAAAAAUUCAUUCUUUUUGUGGUUUCAAUUUGUAGAUCGAACCAAAGAACACCGCAUAUUCCAAUCAUGGCAAAGAGAACUGCUGAGGCCGAUCACGGCGAUGCCCUCAAGGGCGGCGAACGCCCUGAGAAGAUGGACAUUGACGACAACACCAAGGAGAUGGGAGAGUUUGAAGAUGAGUUCGAGGAUGAGUUCGAGAGCGAGGAUGAGAUUCUUGAGGCUGGCGUUGAUGGAAGACCUGAUGCUGAGCGCGAGGCUGAAGAGAAGGAUGCCAUGGAAGUCGACCAAGGAACCUUCAUCGUCGGACGAAGCAAACUCGAACCCGGCCAGACCCUCGCCCCCGAUCUGACAACCUACGAGAUGCUGCACAACCUCAGCACACCCUGGCCAUGCCUUUCUUUCGAUAUCAUCCGCGAUGACCUUGGCGACAACCGCAAGGCCUACCCUGCUACCAUGUACACUGUCUCUGGAUCACAAGCCGAGACUGGAAAGGCCUCUGACAACCAGAUCAUGGUUAUGAAGUUCAGCGGUCUCAGCAAGAUGGACCGUGGUGACGAGGGUUCUGAUUCGGAGGACGAUGAUGACGAGGACUCUGACCCUAUCCUGGAGAGCAAGUCUAUCCCUCUCAACUCUACGACCAACCGCAUCCGCGCCCACCAGAUUCCUAGCCAAGAGGCUGGACGACCUGGAACUACCCUCACUGCUACGAUGACCGAGUCAAGCAACGUCUUUAUCCACGACAUUACUCCCCACCUCGCCUCCUUCGACAACCCCGGAACUACUAUCUCCGCUCAGCAGAACAAGCCUAUCUCUACUGUCCGCGCCCACAAGACCGAAGGUUACGCCGUUGACUGGUCUCCCACAGUUCCCGGUGGUAAGCUCCUCACGGGUGACAACGACGGUCUCAUUUACGUGACAACACGCACCGAUGGAGGCGGCUGGGUCACCGACAACCGACCUUUCCAGGGCCACACCAGCAGUGUCGAGGAGCUCCAGUGGUCACCCUCCGAGCAAUCUGUCUUUGCCUCUGCUUCAAGCGACGGCACCAUUCGCAUCUGGGACGUGCGAUCCAAGUCCCGUAAGCCCGCUAUCACCAUGCAGGUUUCAAAUGUCGACGUCAACGUCAUGUCUUGGUCGCGCCAGACAACUCAUCUGCUCGCCUCCGGAGACGACAACGGUGCAUGGGGCGUUUGGGAUCUCCGACAAUGGAAGGCCAGCUCCGAUAAGCCCCAGCCCAUCGCCAGCUUCAACUUCAACAAGGAGCAGAUCACAAGCAUUGAGUGGCAUCCCACCGACGACUCCAUCGUCGCCGUGGCCGCUGGUGAUAACACCGUCACACUGUGGGAUCUUGCUGUCGAGCUUGAUGACGAGGAGAGCAAGGACACAGCGGGUGUCAAGGACGUGCCGCCCCAGCUGUUGUUCGUGCACUACCUCAAGGAUGUGAAGGAGGUGCACUGGCACCCUCAGAUCACGGGUAGCUUGGUCGCCACAGGAGAGGAGUUCAGCGUCUUCAGGACCAUCAGCGUAUAAGGUGUCUAUCUGUGGGACGAAAUGACUGGGACGGAAAAGUUUACAGACAGAUUCACAGUGGAUCUGUUAUUGAUUGAACGGCAUGGCACGGCGUAUAAUGAGAUCUCCUUUGUCGAAUUUGAUAGAUAAAUGACUAUGUUUUCCUUUGGA